AUGGCACUAACUGCUUUCUUGAAAGUUAAUCCCCCAAUUUUCAAGGGAACAACAAAUCUUAUUGAAGUAGACAACUGGUUCAAAGCUGAAGAGUAUGCAUUACGAACACAGCAUGAGUUGUUUCGAACUGCUUUCUACAGGAAGUAUUUUCCUGAGUCAGUGAGGGAGGCUAGAGAGUUAGAGCUUAUGCAGCUGAAGCAAGGUUCAAUGUCUGUGGCCGAGUAUACGAGUAAGUUCGAAGAGCUCUGUAGGUUCUCAAGGGUAUGUCGAGGAGCCCCUGAGUCUUAUGAGGGUUGGAAGUGUGAAAGGUACCAAGGAGGUCUGAGGGACACUAUUAUGACUGUUGUGGUUCCAUUAGAGAUUCAAAGAUUCUCUGAAUUGGUGAAUAAGUCAGGAAUUAUUAAAGAUGAUGCCAAGAAGAUGGCUUUGGUGAGAGAUGAUCAUGAUGGUACUAGUAGCAAAGAUAGUGGGAAGUAUGUUCCAUCAAGAGGCUAA